AUGAAGCUGCCAGCGAACGCGCCUUUUCCACUCAACUUUUUACAAAUUGUUGCUAUUGUUGUAGUUGUGUGCGCACCAAUCGCCUGGGGAUGGCGCUCUUUUAAUGUCAUCUUCACCUCAUUCCCUUACACAUACAACUCCAAUGUGAUAGACGCCAAAUUGCAGAUCCACAACAGUAGCAGCGAAACAUACCUCUCGGUUGUCUUACAAGUCAAUGAAGAACUCGACGAUGUGUAUCUUAAAUACGCCAUUGCUUUGGAUUUGGAUGAGGGCAACUACACAGUACUAGCCAACCGUACAGUAAAUUUUUGUAAAUUCCUUAAACAACGUUCAAUGGAUUCCGUGCUGCGUAUCAUAUACGAAGACAUACUGAAAGAGGGUAACUUUAUCAAGAAAUGUCCGAUCACGAAGGGUCUGUACACGCUACGAGAAUACCGCAUCGAUGAGGAGAUGCUGCCCAGUUAUGUGCCCGAAGCGAGCUUCUUUGCAGCGAUGAAGAUAUCUAAGGCCAAUGGGCAAUCGGUCUUCGAUGGUAAGCUGUAUGGGAAGAUCGACAAAUCGAAGGGUUUCAACAAUUUGAAAAUGUUCAGUUUGGGAUAA